CAGCUGGAGUGGAGUGGGGCGGGGGGAGCAGCGGCGGCGGCCCCCCUCAGGUUCCUUGGAUGUCAGGAUGGCAGCAUCAAACUUGGAGAACCAGCUGCACAGUGCCCAGAAGAACCUGCUUUUUCUCCAGCGGGAGCACGCCAACACCCUCAAGGGGCUGCAUGCAGAAAUCCGGCGGCUGCAGCAGCACUGCACAGAUCUGACAUAUGAGUUGACUCUCAAAAGUUCAGACUUGACAGAAAAUGGGAGCUCGAGGAGCGAAGAACUCAAGAGAAAGUGCGAGGAGCUCGAGGCGCAGCUGAAAGCGAAAGAGGCCGAAAACAGCGAGCUGCUCAAGGAGCUGGAGCAAAAGAACGCCAUGAUCCUGGUCCUCGAGAACACCAUCAAGGAGAGGGAGAAGAAGUACCUCGAGGAGCUCAAAAUGAAAAGCCAUAAGCUCAACAUGCUGUCGAGCGAACUGGAGCAGCGGGCGAGCACCAUUGCCUACCUCACCUCGCAGCUGCACGCGACGAAGAAAAAGCUCAUGAGCUCGAGCGGGACUUCCGACAGCUCCCCUUCCGGGAGCCCCGUGCUGUCCAGCUACAAGCCGGCCCCUCCCAAAGAGAAGCUCCCCGACACUCCCCGGCGCCGGAUGAAGAAGAGCCUGUCUGCUCCGCUCAACCCCGAAUUCGAAGAGGCCUACCGGUUAGGGUCGGAGAGCCGGAAGCUGCUCUUGCGAGAGCCCCUGGAUGCCAUGCCGGAUCCCACCCCCUUUUUACUGGCCAGGGAAGCGGCCGAGAUCCACCUGAUCAAAGAGAGGCCUUUGGUCAUCCCGCCCAUCCCUUCCGAGCGCCCCUGCGCAGAGCCGCACAGCCCGGCGCGGGAGAAGCAGCACAAGGCUCACGUAGGGGUGGCGCACCGCAUCCACCACGUCGCGCCCCCCCAGGCCCCGCCGGAGGUCGAGACGCUAGCGGUGGAUCAGGUGAACGGGAGCAAAGUGGUCCGAAAGCAUUCGGGGACAGACAGAACUGUUUAAGCCAACCGUUUUGGGGGGCCUUUUUUGGGGGGGGCGGUUGCGCGUGACUGACUUACGCACUGUGAUCACAAAUAGGGUUAAUUGCAUCUGCAGUAAAUUUAAUUUUCUCCCUCUCGAACGGCCCCCCUGCAUGCCAAAUUUUUUCCCCCCCAUCACUAGGAUAACCUCCUUCAGGCGGAACCCCACCGCCCCGCUCCGGCCGUGUCCUUGUUCGCAGAGUCUCUGCUUAACGAAACGCUGUGGCCAAACUCAGGUGCCUGCCCACCUGACUGCUUGCUUCUGAUGCUCUGUCAUUUAGUCUAAACGCACUUUGCGGGCAGGUGCCCUGGGCGACGGUCUGCACUAUUAAUCCGUAGCAACGACAGACCCGGCCGCCUCCCGAUAACCUCGCAGCACUGCGUAUCGGCCGCUUGUGGUUCCGGUCUCCCCUGUAUGUAUCACUCCACACGCACACACAGUCCAGACAAAUCCUUCGGUGGGGAGGGAGCGGGGGGGGGGGCGAGAGCUGACCCCCAUGCAGAUGCUUGCGUGUGAAGAAUCAGAUCGGCUGAGCACACCUCCCCCACAUCCGUCGCCUGGUCCUGAUCACAGUGUUCAUUGUUUUCUGUUACAUUUUUAUCUAGAGCUACUAAAUCCCAACAAACUCUAUUUUGUUAACCCUC